AUGGCGAGCGAGAUACCGUUCGAGGUAGACAGAAAGGUCGAUCCCUCUAUUGCGGUCAACGAAAUCUCAGACAGACAUAGCAACACACCCUCGUUGGACACGACACCAGCGCCCGACACGUCCAUUGUUGAAAAUGCCGAAAAGCAACAAAAGAAACGAUUUUUUGCCAAACCAUGGGGACGACGCCAAGUUGGUGCAAUUUGCGCUCUUGUAUUUGUCGCAUUCACCUUGAGUGCACUGGUCAUUGCUCUCCCGAUCUACUUCACGAAGAUCUACGGUUAUGCAAAAGACACGGACGACUAUUGGAAGCUGCCUCAGCCCAACGAAGAUGCUAGUUACCACGUUCAAAAAAAUGCGCCCCAGUUUGCUCUUCACAAUUUCCCGGACCCGGGCCUUGUGCGGCACGAUGGCAUCUGGUAUGCAUAUGGAACCAACCCCAAGAAGAAGAACCCCAACAGCAUCCACGUGCCUGUGGCUACAUCGCCUGACUUUGUCAAUUGGACGCUGAAAGAGGAUUAUGAUACAUUGCCCACACUGGGAACAUGGGAAGGAAAGGUCAAUCAUUGGGCUCCUGAUGUGAUUCAGCGGGACGAUGGAAAAUUCGUGAUGUAUUAUUCAGGACAAGUCAAGAAGAACUUCGGCACUCAUCAUUGCGUCGGUGUUGCAGUAUCAAAUGGCACGAGUCCCUUGGGUCCCUUCAUCCCCCAGGAUGAGCCACUGGCCUGCCCCCACAAACACGGCGGUGCAAUUGACCCAUCCCCUUUCAGAGACACAGACGGCACACUCUACGUUGUCUACAAAGGCGACGGAAACAGCAUGGGCCAUGGUGGCAACUGCGGCAAUAGCAAGAAGCCAGUGGUAUCCGUGCCGCUACUACUACAAGAACUGAAGAGUGACGGCAUCACGACGGUCGGAGAUGCAGUAAAGAUUCUCGAUAUCGACGGCUCUGACGGCCCACUUGUCGAGGCACCCAACCUCAUCGUCACCUCGGACGGAACCUAUUACCUGUUCUUCUCCUCGCAUUGUUAUACCUCUUUCGGCUAUAAUGUGAAGUACGCGCACUCGAAGUCUCUCAAGGGCCGGUAUACCAGGGCCGAUCGACCCCUCCUGCAGACGUCUGAUUGGGGUCUCGAGUCGCCGGGCGGUGCGACAGUCUCAGCUGAUGGAUCCAAGAUUGUCUUACAUGCAAAUUGUGGCCCGCACCGUUGUAUGUGGGCUGGGGCCAUUGAUAUCCGGUCGAACAACCAUACGAUCGUGAUGACCGAGCUCAUAGCUAAUCAGACAGCUACGAAUUCGACGUGA